AUGGUAGCAGGUGGCUACGGUUUUGGUCGCGACCGCUUAGUCCAAGGGCGAGACGAGGUCGCAUGUGCUAAUGUAUGUCAGGAUCUACCUGAUGAUGACUACCAGCCAGUUUGUAUGAUGUUCAGCCGAUACAAAAGAGGAUAUCAAUUUUUUGUAAACUUAUGCCACGCAAGACGUGCUAUUUGUAAGAAUAAUUUAAGUGAGUUUACUCCAUAU